AUGCCUCCUCGUAAGAAAGCCGCUGUCGCUGACGCGUCUGACGCGUCGAACCCGCCUGCACCGCGCGGUACGAGGUCGAGCACCAGGAUUAAAGCUCAGGCUUCCGAGGCCAUGGCAGCGCCCGAACCCAAAGCCUCUACGGCGCCCAAGUCCAAGGCAAAGGGCAAGGCGAAACGCACUCACGAUGCGUCUGAUAAUGAGAAAGAAGCUAAGCCCAAGAGUAAGAAAGCCAAAGCCAGUGAGAGCGAGGCCGGCGACGACAAGGCUACCGGUGACGCGAACGCCAGCACUGCAGCACCGGAGAAGGCAGACGAUAAACCUGCAAAGAUGGUCACCGUACUGAAGAGGGGUGCUGCACCUGUGGACCCACAGUCCGGCUACGUGAACUCACACCAGGUACUUGUGACGAGCGAGGGCGUAUGGGACGCAACGCUCAAUCAGACAGACGUCUCGAAGAACGCCAACAAGUUCUAUGUGAUUCAAGUGUUGCAUCCUGUCGGCAGCACGGACCAGUGCAUUUUAUAUACUCGCUGGGGUCGCGUCGGAGAGUAUGGCCAGAAGCAGCAGAAGGUUGGACAGGGUCCAUUCAACGCCGCCGGAGCAGUCAUCGCGUUCAAGUCUCAGUUCCGCGCAAAAGCCGGCGUCGCCUGGGAGAACAGGCACGGUACGGUCGCGAGUAAGGGCAAAUACCAGUGGAUCGAGCGCGUAUUCGGGGACGAGGAGGAAGAUCCCAAGUCGGAUGAAGCCGGCCCAUCCAAGGAGAAAGACGAAGAGAAGGUCCCCGAUUCGACGCUACCUGUGGAGACGCAGGCCCUUUGCAGGCUGAUCUUCUCCGCAAAACUGUCCGAGGUCAUUUCCCAGCCCAACGGGGCUGCUGCACAAGAAUACGGUGGUUUCCGCCCUGCCGUCGAACACUUGACCGGCCGAUACUAUUCCAUCAUCCCCCAUGUCUUUGGAAGGAACAGGCCGACAAUCAUCGACAACAUGCUCAUGCUCAAGAGAGAACUCGACCUCGUCGACUCCCUCGGAGAGAUGGAAAUCGCCUCAAAGCUCAUCACCUCCUCGAUCCCGCGCAACGCACAGGGCGAGCCCGUGAACCCGAUCGACGCGAGCUUCCUCUCACUGCGCCUCUCGCGCAUGGACCCCAUCGCGCGCGACAGCGGGGAGUUCACUGCGCUCGAGGCGUACGCGCGAGACACGCACGGCGAGUCGCACCGCCACUACAAGGUGGAUAUUCACCAUGCGUUCCGCGUCGAGAGGCAGGAAGAGACGGAUGCAUGGAUACGGGCCGGACAUGAUGACCUGCCAGAUGGGCAUCGGCUCCUGCUUUGGCACGGCUCGCGCACGACGAACUUUGCGGGUAUCUUGAGCCAGGGCCUGCGUAUCGCGCCUCCUGAAGGGUACAUGUUCGGUAAAGGAGUAUACUUCGCGGAUUCGGCGGGUUACUGCCAUUCCUACCUGAGCGACAACACCGGCCUACUACUCCUCUGCGAGGUCGCCGCGAAGCCAUUCUACGAACAGUACAACGCCAACUACGACGCUAAUGUAGAUUGCAUCAACGCCGGGAAGAAGUGCACGAAGGGCUUGGGCCGGACACAACCUGGAGAAUGGCAGGAUGCUGGUGAGGCGUUGGAGAACGAUGCGCUGAAGGGCUGUCACAUGCCAAAAGGAAAGGGGAAGGAUACUUCCGACCCGCAAGCGGGUCUGUUUUACAACGAGAUCCGAGUGCGCUAUCUGCUGAUGCUGAGGAUGGGAUGA